AUGGAACUUGCGCCGAUUCAGUUGCCAAUCCCAGUACCUUCAGUCGGACCAAGGCCUCACCAGGCUGCUCAACCUCCGAACAGUUAUGAUGUCUGCAUCGCUGAUGGACACGAACACCAGGUUCGCGAACGCUGGUUUGUAGGUCGAGAAAAUAACGAACAGCUUGCUUCCGCAAUCAAGUAUAAGGCAGCCAUUGUAGCUCGAUCGGAUGCAGAUAUUGCUCCUCCGUGGUUUCAUCACGCCCUUCAAAAUGCACUACAGCCUCUACGAAAUGAGAUUGCAGAGAUCAAGACAAGAACCCAGCAUAUCGAGGCGCAAAACCAACGUAUCGAGGCACAAGCCCAACAAAUCAAGACUCAACUCGGAGCUACACAGCGUCUUGCAAGCAUCUUGUACAACAGGACUCUUGGGAUUGGUUCAGAUGCACCCUUUGAACAAGUCCCGUACCCCAAUGGGACUCUACCAUGGGGUUUGCGUCCAGGCCCACCAAACCGUGCGCUUCCACGAUUGACGUCGGCUGCCGUCGUACUUGGUCUAGAUGCAUAUUACUCUUUGAGAUAUUACGAAGGCUAUUACCCAGAGGUAGAAAAUCACGACGGACUAGAUCGUGUACAGCGCAACAGAGCAAUUUUGAGAGCGAUCGGAUGUAUAGACCACGAUUAUCUCGCUACUGAGGGCUAG